AUGUCUUUUGAGGGCUUACAAGAGCGCUUGACAGCUCUGCAAGAAACUACGAUACAGCUUAAGGAGCUCAUCGAUCGACUCGGAACACUGAAAUUCCAACCUGGCUCCGUGCCCCUGACGACAGACGAGGACAACAGUGAAAGUGGCGAGCUCAGCGCUGAAAUCACGAGCACUUUAAGAGAUGGAGAGGAAGAACACGAACUUCUACAGGAAGAGGUGGAGUUCUUGCGCGGCGCGGAGCAUGAUAAGGCCAGGCUGAAAGAGGGCGUUGAAAAGAUUGGAAAGGAGCUUGACGGAUGUCGUCUAUCCUUCCGAAAAGCACGAUUGGCGGCGAAACAAAACCUUGCCCUGGCGCAAAGGCGAGAACGAGAACUACUCCUUACAUCAUUUUCGCAGCCAGCAUCCGAGAACAACUCCCUCUACCCCGACGACGAAAAGACCACCCGUCCCCAACGCCACCAUCACCACCCUCAGCAGCAGCAAUCGAGCCUUACCGAAGAGGACCAGCAGACUGUCGGAGCUAGCGCCAACGUUACUAAUGCUCUACGACGUACGCACGAUCUUAUUCAGGCAGAGCUGGCACGCAGCGAGUUUGCGCACGAGACACUGACUGAGUCUUCUGCUGCGCUGAAGCAGCUGAACGAGUCGUAUACGGAUCUUGACUCGAUGCUGGCGAGCUCGAAGGAUUUACUGGGAACUUUGCUGCGAUCGCAGAAGAGCGAUACGUGGUAUCUCCAGACGGCAUUUUAUAUGCUGGGUGUGACACUCGGCUGGCUACUCUUUAGACGACUGUUAUACGGACCUAUGUGGUGGCUUGUCUGGCUACCCCUGAAGUUAGUUUUUGGUUUGGGGACUUCGGCUGGUAGCGCCGUGAUGCACGCAGGGUCUGGAUUAGGCAAGAUUGAAGAGGCAGGGGAGCCGAGCAAGGGUGUUCCAGUUGAUGGUCUGCCUGGCGAUGAUUUGCCUACUAUUCAGGUUGACACUGGUAAAGAAGCUGAGAUUCUGGAGGAGGUGGAUAAGAUUGUGAAUGUUGUCAGGGAUGCGGAUGAGCUUGGAAAUAUUCCUGAGAGUGAGGAUAAUAAUAUUCCUAACCCAAAGAAGAGGAUGUGGGAGGAGCCUGAGGUUGUUGAGCAGGAACGGGCUAGGGAUGAGCUAUAG